AUGGACCUAUCCGACGUUGAGGGCAACAUGAAGGACGUCUCCUCUCAUGAGAUUGAGAACGUGAAUGCCUCUGAGACAGUCUCGUUCACCCCCGAAGAGGAGAAGGCGUUGGUGAGGAAGAUUGACCUCACCCUCCUUCCUACCAUCUGGAUCAUGUACCUCCUGUCCUACCUUGACAGAACCAAUAUUGGCAAUGCAAAGAUCUCUGGUAUGGAGGUAGAUCUCAACUUGACAUCCAACCAAUACUCGAUUGCCCUGGUAGUCUUCUUCAUCGGAUACGUGAUCUUCGAGGUGCCUAGCAACCUUGUCCUGGGCCGAUCCCGACCAUCUAUUUUCCUUCCGUCGAUCAUGAUUCUCUGGGGCGCAUUGACUUGUGUGAUGGCUGUUGUCAAAAGUUUCACCCACCUGGUAGUCCUUAGAGUUAUUCUUGGGUGUGUCGAGGCCGGCUUUGCUCCCGGUGUGCUGCUUAUCCUGUCAUCAUGGUACAAACAAACCGAACAGUCGAAGAGAUUCGGUGUGUUCAUCUCAGCAGCCGUUCUCUCUGGUGCCUUUGGUGGUCUGAUCGCUGCCGGCGCCGCCACUGUCGGUUUCGCUAUCAUAUCCCUCUUCAUCCUUCCUGACUUCCCCGCGACGUCGCGACAUUACUCCGAGCGCGAGAAGCAAGUCGCCGUGGCACGCCUAGCCACUGAAAAUGUCACCGCUACCACCGAGGAUACCGAACAUCUGAGCCCCUUGGAAGCUUGUAAAGUGGCAUGCCAAAACUGGCGCACCUGGGCCUUCAUAAUUGGAUACAUGGUCAUCGUCGGUUCAAGCACCCUAACCUACUUCUACCCAACCCUCGUCGAAGGACUUUUUGGAAACGCCUCCACCAAGAAAGUCAACCUACUAACUGUCCCAAUCUACGGCGUAGCAUUCAUCGCCACCGGCAUCACCUCCUACUACAGCGACAAAGUCCCCACCUGGCGCGGGCUAAUCAUUGCCAGCUGGCUAACGAUCUCCCUAAUAUGUUCAGUGAUCGUCUGCGCUCUAUACAACUUCACAGCCCGAUAUAUCCUCCUUGUUAUCAUGGCAGCCGGCCUCUGGGCCACAAAUGGAGGUACACUAGCCUACGCCUCCUCUGCCUUUGCAGGGAUGCACCCGCAAGCCCGAGGUGUUGCGUUAGCUAUGGUGAAUGCACUGGGUAAUCUGGCACAGAUCUAUGGAUCGUAUUUGUUCCCCGAGGAUGAUAGUCCGAAGUAUAUUAUGGGGUUUUCGGUUAUUUCGGCCAUGUUGGCGGUGGGUGUGGUUGUGUUUUUGUUCUUGCAUAUUUGGUUUCGGCGUCGUUUGAGGGAGGGGAUCAUUCAGUGA